UACAUCUAAUAGUAACAGAAACAAUGUUCAAAGAUGGCAUGUAAGACCUAUUUUCAAAGAACGCAGACAUUUGGAUCAUUACACUACAUUUAUAAAGGAAUAUCAACUAAACAACCCUACCAUGUUUAUCAAUUUUAUGCGCAUAAGCCCAUCAAAUUUUGAAGAUUUAGUUAGUUUAGUUGCUCCUUUACUUUACAGACAUGCAUAUAGAUCUGCAGUGUCGGACUGGAUAAAAAAGACUCAGUCCGCGAUUUGA